AUGGGAACAACAAACAAAUUUGCGUUGGGAAUUGCUCAAUCUAAUUCUGGGGCACUUCCUCUUUUUGAAGAAAUUGGAUUAAAGAAAUAUAUAGCUACAAGUUCAACAAUUCCUCUUCCUAUUCACUUGCAUUUUCUUGGCCAGAAAGGCUAUUAUUUAAUGCCUGGUAAGCAUUUUGUCUGUAGCGUAGUUAUUUUAAAAUAAAUUUUUCGACUCAACUCAAUAAGCUCUUUCGAUUGAUUUUAAAAAUUCUUCGGUACUAUGCGUCUUCGGUACUGUGCGUUCUCCCCCAAUUUCCGUAAAUGUUGCACGCAAACUUUUGUCUUCACCUUCUU